GAAUAAAGGGAGCCUUGCCCAACAGGGAGAAUAAAGAGUACUGUAGUAGACGGGAAGGGGAAACGAAUUAGGGUUCGCGGGUUUCGGGGAAUUGACCAUUGGUGACUGACCAAAUCAUUCACGGACUAGGAAGCCCUUAUUGCUUGAGCUAGUCGCUUGAGAGUGAUAGCUUGAGACUCUGGCUCUCGCAACGCGUCUGUCGAAUUGUAGUAGAACUGACCACAAUCGCGGCCGCCUAGAGUAGAAGCAUAAUCGCUAAUUUUAGAACGUCCCGAGACUCGAGGAUGGUCGGAGAACGUCCUCAGAGAGAUUAUCAUGGUGACGUGGAGUCGACCGAAGAGUCACUCUAACGGAAUCUGCUUUUGAGUCGACUCAAAAGAGGAGUCACUCUAACGGACUCCGGCCCGGCCUCUGCCCUGGCAUAGGUUUCGUCGAGACUGAUCUCAUAAGCAUAAUAAACAUAAAAUCCAUGGCGGCAGCAAGCAGGCGAUUUUUAGUCGACUCAAAAACCCUCUAACGGUCUCGUCUGGAUUGAUCUCAUCGACAUAGUAAUAUAAAGUCCAUGGCGACAGCAAGCAGGCGGAAUUCGCCCUCCGCGCGUCGCGGCGUUUGAGCCGGCUGAGAAGACUUCUCGGCGGUAGGACCCGUUGAUCGCAGCGCCAUUACGCGGCGGCAGAACCCGUUUAAGCCAGCUGAGUAGAUCAUGGAGGCAGCGGGCACGCGCAACCGCUCCUCCGCGCGGCACGGCGACCAAUAGAGCAGGUCACCUUUAUUGCUCUGCUAGUAUUUCUCGUGACAAGUUUCCCCGUUACAAUCCGCUGAGUAGAUCAUGGAGGCAGCGGGCACGCGCAACCGUUCCUCCGCGCGGCACGGCGCGGCGGUCGCGUUCAGCGGGAGCGUGCGGCGGUGGCGGAAGCAGUGGACGGCUGUGGGGCCCACAAGACGACUGCUCGUCCUCAGAUGGACGCCACAGCCUCCCAGACCGUCUGAUUCAGACUGCCUUGCCAUUCGUCGCAAGCCAAGGUACAUUCCGGAGGUUCGGCUGCACGCCUUGCAGUCGCCUGGGGGUCAAAGAUUUGACGUUUCUCUAGCCAAGUCCCAAACACAGGCACCGGGGCAGGGAGGUCUGGGUGGGGCUGGGGGCGGGGGGGCUGGUGGGAAGGGGGAUGGAGAUGGGGAGGCGGAGGAUGAGGAGAAUGGGGGUAGGGUUGACAUGGCUAUAGAUGUCGAAAAGGGGAAUGGAGGAGGGGAAGAGGGGAAGGGAGAAGAGGAAGGAGGAGAGGAGGAAGAGGAGGUUGAGGAGGAGGAAGAGGAAGAGGAGGAGGAGGGAGGGGAGGAGGAGCAGGAGGGGGAGGAGGGAGGUGGGGAUGAAGGGGAAGAGGAGGUGGGGGAAGAUGAGGAGGAUGAGGGAGGGGGGGGUGAGGAGCAGGAAGGGGAAGAGGAGGAGGAGGAGGUGGAGGAGGAGGAGGAGGAGGAGUUGGGAGUGGAGGGUGCAACCCCUAUGAUUGACGAUACUGAAGCUGAAGAGGAGGCAGAGGAAGUGGAGGAGGAAGAUGAGGGUGGAGAUGAGGGGGAGGAGAAUGAGGGGGGAGAGGAGGGGAAUGUGGGUGAGGGGGAGGAAGGGGGGGAAGGAGGAGAGGGGAGAGGGGGUAGGGGAGAAGGGGAUGAGGGAGAUGGGAUUGGAGUGGAGGAAGAAGAAGAGGCAGAGGAGGAGGAGGAGGAUGUUGAUGAGGAGGAAGAAGUGGAGGGGGGUCCACAAAAGGGGGUGGAGGAGGAGGAAGAGGAGGAGGAAGAGGUGGAGGAAGAGGAGGAGGAAGAGGAGGAGGAAGAGGAGGAGGAAGAGGAGGAGGAACAAACAGUUGAUGCUGGAUUGGGGGAGGCUGAAGAAGGGGGGGGUGAUCAGUAUGAGGGAGAGGAUGGUGGGGACCAAGAGGGGGAGGGGGAGGAGGAAGAAGAGGGAGUGGGAGAGGAGGAUGAGGGGGAGGGAGAGGAGGGAGAUGGGGAAGAGGAGGGGGAGGGGAACUUGCAUGAGCAAGGAGGGGCAGAGUAUGGGGGGGGUGAUGAUAGGGAUGGUGGUAGCGGUGGUGAUGAUGGUGAUGAUGGUGAUGAUGGUGAUGAUGGUGAUGAUGGUGAUGAUGGUGAUGAUGGUGGUGGUGAGGAUGGGGAUGAGGAUGAUGGCGAGGAAAUGGACGCUGAAGAUGGGGAUAGCUAGAUUGAAACUUGGAAAGCAUUUUUCGAAUUUCUAGAAAAGGCUGGUUGAUUGCUUGAUUGAAGUGUUUUGUGCAUGGUCUUGUCGAACGAGCUAAAAACUUGGGAGAUCCUGCCACAUUACACUUGAUUAUAGGAAGUGGGCAAGUAACUUUACACUAG